GUGAAGUUGGCACUGUUGAACGGCGAACACGAGAGACCAAUAUUAAGGUACUCCCAAAUGAAAAAGGAUGGCAAGUCAACAAAGGAGGAGAAGGUUUGGGGCGUCUUCGCCACCAUUCCUUGACUAUCUGAAAGAUAUCCUGCGUAGAUAUCCAGACGGUGGGCAGAUACUGAAGGAGCUAAUACAGAAUGCAGACGAUGCUUGUGCGACAGAGGUGGCGUUUCUCUACGACGAGAGAACCUUUGAGGCGAAAACCCUCUGGAAUGAAGACCUUAAGAAAUUCCAGGGUCCUGCCCUUUAUGCCUAUAAUAACGCUGUCUUCUCCUCUGAAGACUGGGGAGGGAUACAGAGCACUGGCAGAAGUAUCAAACGCAAAGACCCAAACAAGGUUGGCAGGUUUGGAAUUGGAUUCAACUCUGUUUAUCACAUUACAGAUCUGCCCAGUAUAUUCAGCGGCAAACACCUGGGAAUGCUGGAUCCUCAGGAGAAACUGUUUGGUGAAAGGGAAGGAGGCUAUAUGUGGUCCCUUGAUGAUGCUGAAGACAGAGACCAGCUGAUGAACUUUCACGAUCAGUUCCUUCCAUUCAGAUCCCUCUUGGGAGAAGUCAGUAUUGUGACAUGGGAAGAAGCCAUCACUGCAAAGCAGGACUUUCCUGGGACACUAUUUCGAUUCCCACUGAGGAACGAGCCCUCUGCCGUUUCAGAUAAACUAUAUGACACUGAUAAAAUUGUGAAACUUUUUGACAGUUUCAGCGUUGAUGCCGACAUGAGUCUCCUUUUCUUGAGAAAUGUAUCUUCAAUUUCCCUAAAGCACAUAGACUCACAGGGCAAUGUGAGUCUCCUACUCAGAGUAACCGCAACACACCCCAUUGUAGACCUCACUUCUUCAAAACUCCUUUCAUCAGAGAAUGACAGUCAUUUUCUUUCAAAGACAGAAGGAGCAACGUGUCUGAAGGUUGUUUCAGUGCACUGCUCAAGUAAAGGGGAGGAAAGUCAUCGGUGGCUCGUAACAAGCUCUUGUAUAAAAAAGGGACAGGUGCCGGAGCUUGAUGUCUUUGCUGAAAAGCUGAGCUUUUAUCCCCAGGUCGGCCUUGCAUUCCCCUUAGACCAGGAGGAAACCUUGGUUGAUGGCCGUUUGAGCUGUUUUCUGCCUCUUCCUAAUAAUGAGCCCAACCGGACAGGGUUCCCAGUGCAUGUGAAUGCCUGCUUUGGACUUACGGACAACAGGCGGAACAUCAAGUGGCUGGAAGAAGAUCAGAGGCAUGACGAAGCAGCCAAGUGGAACGAACUGCUUGUACAGGAGUUCCUUCCCCUUGCAUACCUCCAGAUCAUCCUGGAUGCCAUCAGCCUUUCAAGAAACUCUGUGCUGCCGGCUUCCACCCCGUAUCAGCUGUGGCCUGACCUUCAUCAGAUGAAACACAAGGAACGCUGGCAGACCAUUGCAACCAAAAUGUUUGAACAACUCCUAAAACUGGAAGUCCUUUUUCUUGCAGAUGAAACCAAAUGCGUGAAACCAGCAGAUGCCAUCUUUUUGCCCCCAGACAUCGAGGAUCCACGCUUGCGGGAAACCAUUAAGGAUUUCUUGAUAACGGAGGGAGAGUUUCUAGCCGAAGUUCCUCCUCAUGUGUUUAAUGCAAUCCAGGCUACUUUUGAAAGCCCUGAAUCAUUGCAGGUUGUUACUCCAGGUUUUGUUCGGAAGGUCCUCCACCAAAGCAGUCUGACAAACCUAACGAAGGAUGACAAGUUGUUUCUUCUGGAAUAUGUGAUAAGCGAUGGAAGGUACCAUGAACUGAAAGGCCUUCAACUCCUCCCUCUCAGUGAUGGAUCAUUCACUUUUUUUGAAGAAGAUGCCUGGGCUUUAAUUGAAAAUGAGAAAUUUCCACGUGUGUUGCUCCCAGGCUUAGACCAUGUAUUUGUUCAGAGGGAUCUGAGUACAAACCUUCUACACCACCUGAAGAAGUUGGCUGAUAACGAAAUGUUUAAGAAAAUCUUCAAUUUGAAUAAAGUGUUGGUGGCUAAAUUGAUUGGGUAUGCUUUACCACAACAAUGGAGGCAAUGCUCUGGUCAUGUGACAUGGGAUAUAGGAAAUACUCAACACCCUCCUGCAGAGUGGAUCACUAAGUUCUGGAAAUUUCUCAACUCACAUUUUGAAAUGCUUAAUGACUUCAAAGGAAUGCCUCUGAUUCCUCUUAGUCCUCUUCAGGAUAGUGAACAUUCCGCCAUGCUGGCAAGGCUAAUGGAAAACCCAACAGUCGUUUUCCAAAACGACAACCAGAGCAGUUUAUCAGAUGAAAUUGCACACUUUAUCAGAAGGGCUGGAGGUACUGUGAUACAAAGUAGGGAUACAUGCCUGAAGCACCCAGAUCUGGAAAAAUAUAUACUGACACCGUCACCAAGAAAUGUUCUGCAGCUGUUGCUAAAUUUGGACGGUAAUCAGGUGAUUUGUGGGACCAGUUCUUCAUCAAUGCAAGAAAAAGAAGAACUCAAGAAUUGCCUUUGUACCAUGGUGUCUUUCUCACAGAAAGAGAAGCGUCUCUUAUUAACGCUGCCUAUCUUCCAACAGAUGCCUUCCCGGAAAUGUAGAAAUGGAGAGCUCAUUGCGGCUGGAUCACACCAGGCCGUAAUUCAGAAUGACUUCCCUGUAAUUCCAGGGGAUCUGCCCUUGCCGGAGGUUAUAAUAAAAUGUGCUAAUGAAGUGGACCAAAGGCUUCUGAGCAUGAUGAAUGUCAGAAUGCUGACAGUGGCCAUGGCAGCAGUAAUGCUGGUUGAUGGAAUUGAAAAGGGUCUGUAUGGGCAAAAUGAGAUGGAGAAAAUAAUGAGUUGGAUUUUAGAGAAUGGAAGCAUCCUCUUUGCCCAGGAGAAAGACUUGUAUAAAAAAUGCUUCUCUUUGUGUUUUAUUGUCACUGAACGUGGCACUGCAGUGCAAGCUUCAAGCCUUUUUGAUCCAAGCAAUGAAACUUUUCAAGACCUUUUCAACUCAGAAUUCUUUCCCCCUGCAGUAUAUGCUACAAAAGAGACUAUUUUGCAAAGCUUGCGUCACCUGGGGUUAAAGUGUAAGGAAGAAAGCAUCACCCCUAAAGAUGUCUUAAAUGUUGCCCGGGAAAUAAAUCGUUUGCAUGUCAGUUCCAGAGACAAGGCUUACCAAAAGGCAGAAGCCUUGAUAAAAGUUUGCAACCAGACAGAUGUGCUCUCAAAAUGUUCAGCAGAAGAAAUCAGACAGCUUUGCUGUCUAGAGUGGGUUCCUUGCAGUAGUCUAGCCACAAUGAUUGAAAAUCAGGAAACAACAUGUUUCUAUAAGCCUGAAGACCUGAGGCAUUCAAAGUUUUUUAGAAUUGUUGGGCUUGUUAUGCCACUUACUGACAAACUAAAUGUGAAAGCAAGUACACAUCUAGGUCUUUUGAGUUUACCUCCAGCUGAAAAAGUAAUGGGAAAUCUUUCUGUACUUAACAAAGUAGUGCAUGAAAUGACUGAACCAGAUGCAGAUGUAGAUUUUAAAGAUCAGAUACAUUGUAUCUAUAUACAUAUGCUCAAUAAUCUUCCUCAGUUCAAGAGCCUUUUGCAGGACACUGCUGUUCCAUGGGUCUGGAUUGGUGAUCAGUUUUCCUCUCCACAGAGGGUCAUUUUGUCCUAUCCUGCUGAAUUAGAUCUGGGCUGCUACAUAACAAAGGUGCCCCAAGAAUUCUCGAGAUACAAAAAGCUGCUAAGUGAGUGUGGAGUGAAAAAAUCCAUCUCUGAAAGAGAAGUUAUUGAAAUACUUUAUCACAUGAAAGACAGAAUUGACCAAAGGAUUACCCAUUCUGGUUCUCCAGCUGAACUGAAGGUGAUACUUUCUGUUCUUAACUGGAUGCGGAAAGUGAAAAAACCCUCUGUAGAGGACCUUCCAGUACCAGUAAGAAAAGGAAAGCAAGGUGAAUUCUCAUUGAAGCCUUUAUCUAUGACUGUGUUUUGUGAUAUAGCCAAGGAAGGUUUGGAAGAUCUCGAUGAGGAUGAUGAAGAAUAUUACAUCAUUCAUGAGGAAAUACCAAGAGUGACUGCAGAAUGGCUGCGUGUUCCUUUCCUUAGCACGCGGAUACUAAAUCCGGAGUUCAUCGGAAUAGAGCAGUGUGGACAAACGGAGCCGAUCACUUUAAGGAUAAAAAAUAUUCUUAAGGAAUAUGAUGAGGAGUGUGACCUUUUCAAAGAGCUGAUCCAAAAUGCUGAGGAUGCUCGAGCAACAACCUGUAGCUUCAUGAUGGACUGUAGACCAAACAAAGACUCAUUUAAUAGCCUGAUAGACCCAGGAAUGUCCUCAUGUCACGGCCCUUGUCUUUGGUCAUUUAACAAUGAGGUGUUCACAGACGAAGACUUUAAGAACAUUACAAAAGUCGGAGCUGCCUCCAAAGAAAACAAGGUUGAGAAAAUUGGCAAGUUUGGCUUGGGGUUUAAUGCAGUCUAUCGUGUCACAGAUAUUCCUACUAUCCUUAGUGGAAAGAACUUGCUUAUUUUUGAUCCAAAUGUCACUCACUUGAAGAAACACAUCCUCAGCAGCUCUAAUCCUGGAAUCAAACUUGACUUGUGUAAGGAAAGGCUUCUCCGUAGGUUUCCUGGACAGUUCAAACCCUAUCAUGGAAUAUAUGGAUGCAAUUUGGAAAUGGACAGCCAACAGAAAUUCUACUUUCAGGGAACUCUUAUUAAGUUACCUUUCAGGACAUUACCAGAAGCCCAAGAAUCAAAGAUCAGCAGCACAGUCUAUGAUCAACACCAUGUCCUUAACUUAAUGAACCGUUUUAUUAAGAGUUCACCGAUUAUUCUCCUCUUUCUAAAGAACCUCAGCAAUGUGUCCUUCAAAAACCUACCAGAAAAUGCAUCCUCUCCACCACACAAUGAGCAUUUAGAAUCUGUACUUACAAUAACUAGAAAAGUGGUCAACAGCAUUCCGAUACCUGAUCAUAUUCCAAUAAAACAAAUGCAGGAGUCUUCACAGGAAAGGUUAACAAAAAUAAAUGCAAAGUGCAGAGAGCUUAUUGAUUGUAAUGCAGUAAACAUUAUUGAAGUAGCUAAAGGGAUGAAAGGGAAUGAACCCAGUGCCAAAUACUGGCUGGUAUAUUCAUGCUUUGGCAUGAAAAAUGCCUUGAAAAUGGCAUGUGUAAAAGAAAAUUGGCAAACAUUUUCCCUGCCUGUUGGAAGCGUUGCUAUACCCCUAGAAAAAGACCAGGCUUCAGGACACUGGGUUCCUGACAAACAUACCUUUGUCGGACAAGUGUUUUGUUUUCUUCCUCUUUCAAUUUUGUCUGGUCUUCCUGUGCAUGUCAAUGGAUCUUUUUCCGUGACAUCAAACAGGAAAAGCCUCUGGGACACUGGAGUGAAGAAUGAAUGGAACCAGGCACUAAUCGGAGAUGCUGUCACUUCUGCUUACAUUGCAGCUCUGGUAGUAUUAAAAGAAAUGUCUCAAGAAGAGAAACUUAAGAAUUAUGACUACCACACAUUUUGGCCAAACACCAGAGAAGCCAACAGAUUCUUUCACUCUCUGGUUGCAGCUUUCUACUCUACAGUUGUUAAUGGAUUAUUUGGCUUUCCCGUUGAAUUGUUCAGUGAUGGGAAAGACUGGUGCUCAUUAGAGAAUGCCCGCUUUUUGGAUCCACAAAUAGAGAGAAACAAGCAGGUAGGACAAAUUGCUGUUAAAGUAUUUUCAGACAAGCUCAAGAAACCAUGCCUAGCUAUUCCUCUGCCACAGUGGGUUAGAGAAAGCCUUGAGUCAACUGGAUGGGACAGUGUCAUUCGUGAAAAAACAUUUGGCUGGCAUGAUUUUUACAGAGAAAUAGUGUUUGUUAACCUUCGUUCCAUGGAUAGCAAGUACAGAAAUACUCUGAUACUGUUUGCGAUCGAUAUGAAUGAUCCAGAAGUAGAUGCUCUACUGAAGAAGCACCCUUGCAUUCCAACACUGGGAGGUAAACAGCUUCAGUUUAUAGAGAAACUUGUGAAACCUGGAGGGAAAGUUGCUUGUCUGUUUGAAAAAACAGAAGGACGUUUGCUUGAAGGAACAGCUCAGGAUUUCUGUUCUCCACAACACAUAUCCAGAUUAUUAGCACUUGGGAUGCUGGACAGUUGUCUUCCCUGGAAUGACUUAAUAGAAAGGGCAAAGAUCAUUGAAAACACUUGGAAGCAGGACAAAGACAAGGCAUACAAACAAGUUUGCUGCAUACUGGAUCUGGCAAAAGAUUUCUUGAAUGACACUCCAGGUAGAUUUUUCAUUGGCUGGCCUUCUUUAGGAAAUAUAGCUUUCAUUCCUUCUCUACUUCCUUACAGGGAUGUACAUGGGAAGGUUGUAGAACCUGUCACGUUAAAAAAGCCCAAUGAAGUGUACAAUUAUGAGUCCAUGAUGCUGGUGAACAUGACACAGCAUAUCAUUGAUCAAGAGAAACUGUAUCCAAAACACUUCUAUCCGCCUGAUAACGUUCUAAACAACCUGGGUGUCCUUCACAGACCAUCAUGUAAAACAGUGAUUCAUCAGCUCAAGACAACACAGCAAUUUUCUGAUGUAUUGGAUGGAUCUCUCCUGUCUGAAAUAGCAAGUGUAUGCUAUAAGUAUUUGGAUAGAUUGUUAAAAAAGGGCACAAACUCAAAACAUUUCUCUGUGGAAUCAUCUAAAUUUCCCUUUAUCUUAAUAGGUCAGGACUUUGUUAAUGUGAAUGCAGUGGCAAAACACAUUUCCAUUGAUGCAUCCCCAUAUCUUCAUGAACUCCCCAAGCCCUACGCCACAUUAAAAAAUCUCUGGAAGUGUGUUGGAGUUAAAUCUGUCUUUACUUCUCAAGAUUACUUAUCUGUGUUGAGAAAACUGGCAGCAAAGUACAAUGGGUGUAGCCUUUCUGCUUCAGAUCUUGCUGUCUGUCUCAGAAUAGUUUCAACUGGACUAAAUGAAAUCCAGGACAGCCCCUUUGAAGAUUAUCUCUUGCCUGACCAAAAUGGUGUUUUAUAUCCUUCUACACAGCUCUUCUACAACGACACUCCAUGGCUUCCUGUGGCAGAGGGCAUAACUUUAUGCCAUGAUCACAUUUCACGUUCCACUGCAGUCUGUCUACGUAUUCAAACAACAAAGCAUCACACACUGCAAAACCAACUGGUCAGCACCUUUCCUUUCUAUCCAAUGGCAUUUGGGCAAAGGGAAAAACUGACAGUGCGGCUGAAGAACAUAAUUGCAGCCUAUCCUUCUAAGAAAGAUAUCUUGAAAGAGCUUUUGCAAAAUGCUGACGAUGCAGAAGCUACAGAGAUUCACUUUGUUUGGGACCCCAGGAAUCACAACACAUUAAAAACAUUUGGUGAAAAAUGGAAUCCCUUGCAGGGACCUGCACUGUGUGUUUACAAUAACAAGAUAUUUACUGAAACAGAUCUGGAAGGUAUUCAGCACCUUGGGGAAGGAGGAAAAAGUGACAUACUGGGAAAAACUGGCAAAUAUGGACUUGGGUUUAACUCAGUUUACCAUCUAACUGACUGUCCAUCAAUUCUAACAGGAGACAAGUGGCUGUGCAUUUUUGACCCGCAUCUCACUUACCUAGAAAAGGCAGAUAAUUCCCCAGGGGGCAUGUUUUCGAUGGAAUGUGACUUUAAAGCAGCAUUUGAGGAUAUCUACACAACUUUCAUGCCAUCUGCAUUUGACCUCAAUCAGGGUACCAUGUUUAGGCUGCCAGUUAGGACAGAAGAAAUGGCUUCGACAUCAGAAAUUUCCCAGAAAGCUGUAACCUCUAGUGAUAUCCAGCAGCUGUUGGAUGCACUAAAGGAAGACCCUGAAGGUUUGAUUCUCUUUUUGCGCCAUGUUAAAAAAAUUGAGUUUCAUCUAUUUGAUUCAAGUACAAAUGAACUGAAGAAACUUUUCACCACUGAGAUAAAGCUGGCAGAAGAAAGCAGCGGGAAGAAAACUUCUUUCCAAAACCAUGUGAAGAACUCUUUGGUUUCAGGUCGUUCAAUGGCAGCUAUCGAGCCAUGCCAGGUUAUUUAUGAAAUGGAAAUCUCAACUCCUAUAAGAAAACCCACUCGGUGGAUUAUAGCAGAGCAGUUUGGCACGUCACUGAAAACCACUGGUUAUGAUUCAAAGGUACCGCAAGGGGCUGUUGCAGCAUGUGUGAGUGCUUUAGUCCAAAAUAGCAAAGCUUUCUGUUCUCUACCUUUACCAGUUGAAACAGGCCUUCCAGUGCAGGUCAAUGGAAAUUUUGAAGUGGAUCCUUCCCGAAGAGGACUCUGGAAAGAAGAUGGCACAAGUCUGAAGACUGCGUGGAACGAAUUCCUGAAACUCAACGUCAUUGCACCCUUGUAUGCUGAUUUGUUGGACUACAUUCGAAUUAACCAUCUUAAAGAACAAGCAUUGUCAUUAAAUUCAAUGAUAUUGAACCUUGAAAACUCUUACUUACGUUUUUUCCCUCAUAUUACAGAGUUACAAGUUGCACAGGAGUGGCAUGGCAUGAUAAAUGAACUUUACAAGUCCCUCAACAAAAGAGGGUUGUGUGUUAUUCCAGUCUUUCACACAAGCCAGCACUGCCCAACUCAGACUAUGGCACAAUGCACGGUCAGCUGGUCUAGCAUUUCUAAGAAAGAACAAAUGAAUGCACCUCACUUGGCCAGCCAAAGGCAAGAAGGACUUCUUUUAAUUUUGGAGGGCAUUGGAAUGAAUUUAGUCCCGACUUCAGAAAGUAUGAUCAAAAUAUUCGAUAGUUUCAGGAGAGCAGAAGUCAAAGUGUAUACACUCAUUCCUCAGACAGUAAGAAACUACCUUAAGAGCAAGCCACUGAAUGAUCCAUCACAAUCAAUCAAUGGUUUGCCUCUUCCACUUAACCAGACAUUAAUCAAAAGCAAGUUUAGAUGUAAAAUGCUUUUGGAUUACUGUCUGAGUGACAUUGAAAAGAACAAUUCCAGCUGUCUCAAUGGUUUGCCUCUUCUACUCACUCAGGACAAGGUACUAAGAGUGUUUGAAACCUCCUCAUCAAAAUACCUUACAAAGUUUAUGGAUCUGUUUGAAGGGUCUGAAGAGCUUUUUGCAGACUACAGCACUUACCUCAGAUACUUUCCUGUGCUUUGCAAUGCCAUGUUUCUGAAAGAAUUAACCAUUUCAGACUCUGCAGAGUACCUCAAAAGCAAACUGGAAGACCUUCUUCAGAAUACUAUUGUUGAUCCUCAGUCUUCACUGCACAUUCCAAGUGAGAUUCUGUCAACCUGGCUGAAAAGACUGUGGGAAUAUUUUGAAGACCAAGUCGCAUCCUGUGACAAAAAGAGUAAAAAAGAAAGCAGCCAAUUAGAUGAAAUUAAGGUACUAUUCUCAGAUUCCCCUGUUGUACCUAUAAUAUGUCCAAAUAGUAACAACCAGCACUUGCUUGCAACAGUGAAGUCUUUACAUACUAUUGUUUGUCAAACGUCACAUGAGGUAGCUGCAGUUCUUUAUAAACUUGGAUUUGCUACAUUGGAUGUGUUGUCUUUCCCCCUGCAACUGUUUCGUUGUCACCUUAUGCCUGAGCUGCUGAGCAUUGACAAUGCAGAUGCUGUUCUAGAACAGUUAUGCAAGCGGGAAAAACAACAGUUUGAUCAACUGGAUGACUGUGACUUCAGAAGCCUUCAGCUAUAUUUGCAUUCUGGAAUAAAAUCCUGUGCGAAUACAAAGACCUACCUAAUGAAAUUCAAAUCCUUGCCACUUUUCGAAACUGUGCAGGAGGGCCGCCAAAGGAUUGAUAGGCACAGCAGAGUUUAUAUCUUGAAAAUAGAACAGCUGCUGAAAUUCCCAUCUCUCUACCACAUUUGUGAUGGCACUGCAUUCCUCAAAUAUAAUUCAACAAACGUUUUCUUGGCAGAAACAAUGGAGAUAACUGUUAUAAAUGAUUUGGAGUUCUAUGUACGUUUUGUCCUUCCUGCCUUAAACAGGCUUUCCGAAAAACAGACCCUGGAUGCUGUCUGCAUGUGUGUAGAAAUACAGGAAGGAUAUUCAGACUACAUACAGUUUAAAGAUGAAAUCAUCUCCUGUCUCAGAAAUGCAAAGUUUAUUAAAGAUGCCCGUGGGUCUCUUCAACCUGCUUCCUAUUUCUGUGAUGAAGAAGUACAUCUUUAUCAGCUCAUGAUUUCGAAGGAGAGGUUCAUUCCAAGAGGAUUUUGGGAAAACAUUAGUUGCAAAUCUCAAAAAUUCAAAGACUUGCUCAAGGAUAUCGGACUGAAGCAUAGAGUUUCGGAUGAGGAAUUUGUUGAAUUUGCAUACCAAAUUGAAAAGGAUGCAAAAGGGAGGGCUCCCUUGGAACAAUUGAUGGUCAAAUCUGAUGCGUUACUAGAAAGACUGCUGUCUAAGUCUCUAAAACAACUCAAAAAGUGUUUUCUAAAUAUAAUUUCAACCAUUAAGUUUGUCUAUCCACAGAAAAUAGACAAAAUGUUAUGCAGCUAUCACCAACCUUUUGCAGAAGGUAGGAAUUUUAUUGCCAUGAGGGGUUCACUGAUCAAACAAAACCAAACCCACGAAACUUUAAUUUGGACUGCUAUGCCUAUGCUGCCAUUAGAAAACAGCAAUACCCAGCAACUACAAGUAUUACAGGCAGCUGGAGCUCUUUGCCUUCCACCUGCAGAAUCUGUCACAGCUAACCUGAAAAAUAUCUGUCAAAUACCAUGCAAGACAAAAGAACUGUUAUUGACUAGAGCAAAAGUGUUUCGUUGUUCCUAUGGAUACCUGCAGGAAUUGUCUUUUGACGGCCAGUCAUUAGUGGACCUUCCUGUUAUUCUUGUUGAAGGAGAUGCUGCUUUGGUAAAACCAAGCCGCACAGUUCAGUUUGUUAAAGAUGAUAGUGAGUUUCGGCCUUACUUAUAUAAACUACCUUCCAAGCUUGCUCUUUAUGUGGAGUUCUUUCGGAAGCUCGGGGUUGCAGAGGAACCUAGUGCCUGGCACUACAGCAGCCUCCUGAAAGAUAUUUAUCAGGAUUCUGCUGACAUGCAGACGCUACAUGCGAAUCAGAUGAAAGCGGUGAAGCGAGCAGUGCAGCACCUUUUCCUUCUGUUGAAGGAGAAUAGUGAGGAACGCAAACCUGAAAAACUGGAACCACUGUACUUACUGGCAAUGGAUGGCAGGCUGUAUGAAUCGUCCUCCUUGUAUUUCAAUGACGUUGCUUUACAUGCUAAUAGAUGUACAGUUCCCUUAAAAGAAAAACUAACAUUACUUGAAAACCUUAGCGAGUGUCACCUUGGGAUUGAUCCUUAUGUGCACCAAGAACUGCUUCAGGUAUUGCCAGUAGAGGUCCGUCCAAAAAUGCUGUCUCAAGUGACAAAAGAAGACCUAAUGGAAUCCACACUGAGCAUUUGUGAGUAUGGGGACAACUGUAGGUUCAGAGGUCACUUCCAUAGACUUCUUGCUUCAUCUUAUUUUCAAAAUGGCCUUGUGUGUAUUUUAAGGGGACAGUGCAGCGGUAAGAUGUCAGAGAAUGACACCAUAACAGUGUGUAAAAAUACCUUUGCAAAAAUUCAGAUCCUCUGCUGUGAGAGGCUUGAAACUGUGCUUUUUCUCAACUCUGAGCCUCUAACAGAUACAGCUGCACAGAAGCAGGUGUACGUGAACAGAAACAGUGAUGGCUGUGUGUUUUACCUGGAACACAAAGAAGAUAUGGACAUUAAAGUAAUGGCACAUAUAAACAUGUGCUUGACGAAGGAAAUAAAUGCCCUAUUGAAUAAUGGACUAAGCCAGAAUUCACUCUUGAUUUUUUCACAACUACUCUUCUGUGAGACUGAAGAUGAUGUAAUGCGGUUGUUAGAAGAAAAUGGCAUACAUGGUAGCAGAAUGCAAGAGAAAAGCCAUAGUGGUCUUCCUGAGCCUGGAAGCUUAAUUCCUGAUGAGUGGAUUGACUCACUUGACAUGGACUUCCUCAAUAACUUUGAAGUGGGAGAGUAUGUAGGCUACAAGGAGCCAUCCCCCGAAGAGGAAGUUUACUGCUAUGCAGUUGUUGUAGAGCAUGUUAAUACCACUGCGGCUACGGAAGGAGUCGUGUCCCAAAGAUACAAAAUACAGAUCGGGCAAAAUGACUUUUUGGAAGUAAGCUCCCUUGACCUUUAUCAGUUUAAGCGGCCAGAGAGUUCUCCAUCAUUAAGUAAGAAUACCUGCAGAGAGCUUGUUGUUUUGGACCACCCUGUUGGAGCUAGACCCAAUCACAGUAGGACAUCAGCAAAGUCCCUGGAGGAAAUCAAAAAAGAAAUCGAUGAGCGCCUGAAGGAGAUCUGGGGUCUCCCAGAGGAUGAGAGGCGUAAAGCAAUCAGACGUCUCUACCUAAAGUGGCAUCCAGACAAAAACCUGGACAAUACCAAACUGGCUGAAGAGGUUUACAAAUAUAUACGGCAGAAGAUUGUAGAGCUUGAGCAGGGCAGGAGUGGAAAAGGGGGCGGUUUUGGAAGCACGACAACAAACCAAGGACAUUCCGGCGCACAAAGAUAUCAAGACACCAGAAGCUUUUUCAAGCAAUGGGACAGAGAGGCAUCACGACACCGAACAGGCAGGACCAGCUUUCACCAGCGUUAUUCUUCACAGGAGUUUAACUUCUGGACUUUCCACAGUACGCAGGAAAACUCCCAGACAAACACUGCAGAAGCUCAGCGAUGGGUCAGACAAGCCAAGUGUGACCUUGCAGCAGCUUCUAACGACAAGGGGCACAGUGCUACUGAAUGGGUUCUCUUUAAGGUACACCAAGCUGUAGAAAAGGCUCUCAUAGCUGCAGAGUACAAAACAAAUGGACUUCAACCGAGCAAUUGUGCCAUUGGUGCACUUGCUCGCCAAAUAUCCCAAUACAGUUUGAGCCUUUGUAACCUACCUAGCAUAGUAAGCAGGAUGAAGACAUUGGGUGUUGAUGGGAAAAAGACACAGUACCCAAAUUAUCAUCCUCUACCACUCAUACCAAGUGAUUCUUACAGUGCUCAAAAUGAACAGGAGGUGCUGGACUUGGCUAAUGAAGUUUUAACAAAAAUACAAAAAUAUAUUUCUUAGUGAAUGCUUUUUUUCUUCACCAUAUGAUUAUAAAUAUGUAAAAACAGUAAAAUAAGUUACAUAAAUUCAAGUUGAUUCAUUAAGAAUAUUUCUAAA